UUUGUUUUCGAAGGCUUUUCACUUUUGUUCGAUCAAGUCUUCGUACAAGGACAAAAAGGUACUAACAGAUCGGUUGCCCAGUAUUACUUGAAGACAAGUGAGGAUGAUGACGUUUAUGAGACGGUUACGGUGGCUGGAGGGGAUCGUCUUAGGGCAUUUACGGGUCCUUGGUUUGAUGGCGAUAUUGUGGUUGUCCAGAACCUCUCCUCCCCAGUGCGGGCCCGUUAUGUGAUUUUUAAUCCAAGAGAACCCUCGAAUAUCUUUGAAAAUUACAUGUGUAUGCGAAUUGACAUACUGAGCUGCCAAAACGUACCUCCUGCCAUUGAUGGCGGCUGGACUGACUGGUCUGAUUGGACUCCGUGCCCGCCAUGCGCAGAUUCCGUCACGACUCGCACCAGGACUUGUACAGAUCCUGCACCUGCUUUUGGUGGCAUGGACUGCAACGGUCCCUCGGGAACGGAUAAACUUUGUCCCACCAACAAUUGUGUUGUCCCUGUAGAUGGACAUUGGUCUGACUGGGGCCCUUGGUCUCAAUGUAGUGAAAUAUGUGGAAAUGGGACAGAGUAUCGAUCACGAGAGUGUAACAACCCCAUGCCACAAAAUAACGGGGCAGAUUGUGUUGGGCCAUCAAUGGAGUCAAAGAACUGCUUUGUUAAGCAUUGUCCAGUACCCGGGAAUUGGUCUUCUUGGGGUGCCUGGUCUCCCUGCAGUGAAACAUGUGGCAAUGGGACGUCAACUCGAACACGUGCAUGUGACAACCCCCCUCCAGCUUAUGGUGGGGCAGAUUGUGUUGGUGCAGGAACUAUGACAAAAGAUUGCUUAGAACAGCUUUGCCCAGUUACAACACCAUCCCCAACUGCAACCGCACAGCCGCCAGUAGUUGAUGGUGGAUGGACUGAUUGGAUCUACUCUCCCUGUCAUGCGCAAUGUGGACCAGGAAAGCAAAACAGAACAAGAGCUUGUAGCAACCCACUCCCCUCAGGUGGCGGAAAGGACUGUCCGGGACCAGACUUGGAAACAGUGGAUUGUAACAAUGGACCUUGCGUAGAUCCCAACAUGCCAAAUAUCGAUCUUGCGCUCGCCAUCAGUGCCACCUCAGCUAACUCCAACCAGUCAUACGACUUAAUGAAAAACACAAUUAAACAAUUCAUUGACCAAUAUGGCGUCGAUAAAAUCCAUUACAGUCUCAUGGUCUACGGAAACUCAGUCGUGAGGGUUGUCAAUUUCAACCACACCUUUCCCCCCAAUGCAAGUGAACUGAAAGCGGCCAUUGAUGCCCAGCCACCCAUAAGCGGAGGACCAUUCCCCGAAGAUGCAUUGCAAGAAGCUUUCAAGGUCUUUAACGAGACAGAAGGACGUCCUGAUGCUAAGAAGGUCUUGCUAGUUAUGACAGAUGAAAAUUCUGGCGCAGAUUCGAACUCUUUGUCUGCAGCGGUGAAGCCGGUGGAGGACCUCGGAGUUUUGGUGCUUUCUGUAGGGGCAGGGAGCGCUGUGGACAGGAAUGAGCUGAGCGUCAUCUCGCCUAAUCCCUUGGACGUUAUAUCUCCAGCUUUGGGUGAAAACCCGAGAGUGUUGGCCGACCGCAUAAUGGAGAGGAUAUUGAGACGUACUAUCCCUAUGAUCGACGUUGGGUUUGCCAUCAGGGCCAGCGAAAUCAAUUCAAGCGCCAUCUUGACUGUCAUGACAGAAACCAGAGACACGAUUAACCAUCGGUAUGGACCUGGCCAAGUCCAAUACAGCGUCAUCAUCUACGGCAGCAAAGUCGCUACGAGUUUCAGAUUUGACCAGGAUAGUGCACUCGACCUGAAUGGCCUUGCAGCAACUGCGGACGAUAACCCCGGUCCGAUAGAUCUUACCCAAGAGUUGAAGGAAGCCGAACGACUUUUCCAAUCGCACCCUACUAGGAGGCCGUUUGCUGAGAGAGUUUUCAUUGCUAUUACGGAUACUGCAAUAAGCGACAAUGACACUGAGCUCACUAGCGCAGGUGACGCUUUGAGAAGACAAGGCAUCCUUGUUUUCUCUGUGAAUAACACUGGAGAUGGCCUAAAUGCAGUAACAAUCACCCAGAUUGACUUCCUUGGUAUUCCAACCUUCACCACUGUUAGAUCAGUUGUUAUAGCGGAGACCAUUAUAAAGAAAGCAUUGGAAGUUAAUAUGCCAUUGAUCGACCUGACCUUUGCAAUCAGUGCCACAUCAAUAUCAGCGGAUAGCACAUUUAUGCUAAUGCAGACUACAAUUAACAACAUUGUCUCCAAGUAUGACAUCUUCCGAAUUCACUACAGCGUGAUUGUCUUUGGUUCCGUUUCCACGACACGCGUAGAUUUCGGCACCAACAUACCAGUUAAAGCAACUUUAAUACGCAUUGUUGCGAGGCUUAAUAAACUGGCUGGACCCGUAAACCUAGUCUUGGCUCUGGAAGACGCUAAGAAGGUGUAUCAAUCAGCGGCCGUGCGACCAGAUGCCAGACGCUUCCUUGUUGUUAUUAUGGAUAAUCAGUGGGUAGAUAACGUGGACGAUGUGAAUAGAGCUGUGACAGAUCUGGAUAACCAGGAUGUUGUUGUAAUUGGUGUCGGUAUUGGAAAUUCCACAAACUCGACAGAUUUUGAAAUAAUUACCAAAGAUCCACGACAUAUCAUCACCGCUGGAGUUAACAAAUCACCGGUUGAACUGGCAAAGGAAAUCAUCGACGCAAUUUUCAUCAGUGUAAAAACUGCCGGAUUUUCUCAGUGGGGAGAGUGGACUCCAUGCACAAAGUCGUGUCGCUCGGGUGGCGUGGCAGGGACUCAGAGACGCACACGCGUUUGUGUCAAGUCAAGACUGGGCUGUAUUGGUUCCGUAGUGGAAUCUAGAGAAUGCAACACGGAAAACUGCCAAGGUUGCGAAGAAAGAGGCCCUUUCCCAGAUCAAGCCUAUCAGACCUCAUCCCCUGCCCAGCCAGCAUCGUGGGCUCGACUGAACACUUCUAAUCCCGGUGCAUCCCAGAGAGCCUGGUGUGCAAAUCCAGAUGAUCUUGAAAAUGGCGUGGCAUAUGUCCAGAUUGAUUUAGGAGAAGUCGUUGAAGUUUUCCGUAUCGCCACUAAAGGCCAGGAGUUGGCAAGUCAGGAACGCUGGGUGACCAGUUUCUUUAUCUCGAGCAGUUUGGAUGGCUUUGGCUACAGUGUCUUCCCGGGAGGUGGACAACGAAAGGACUUCGAUGCUAACACAGAUCCAGGGACCGUCGUAUAUAACGAUGUUAACGUUACAACGCGUUUCAUACGAUUCCAUCCUAUUAAUUUUACGGAGCAACCCUGUAUGCAGACUUCGGUCUUUGGAUGUACAAAAACCAGCGGGCCCACGGAAGGUGAAUUUUUCAACCCAGGAGACAAGACAGAAAUAGGAAUAUUGAUUGCUUUGUGGAUAUUAGCUGGAAUCUUGUCUUUCCUCCUUCUCAUGGCCUGUUGUUAUUAUUGCUGCUGGCAUGUUUGCUGUGGCAGGGGAAAGAAGAGAAGAGGUCUGACUGCCUACAGACAUACGUGGAUUGAUGACACGGACGGGUAUCUUAUUGAAGAUCUUGACAAAAGGUGGAGGUUACCAGCAGUGGAUAUCGUGUCCAGUGUACAAGCUGUCCCUGAAGACGAAAUACAGGAGGUGACCGUAGAGAUGGGCAAUGAGAACCCUAAACCGUCAGGAGUCAUCCAGUUCGGUAUUGAAACUGAGGAGUCGCAAGACAGCAAUGUAACCGCUGACACCGUGCAUUCAGAGACUCCGCAAUAUUCGGAAGAAGUCGGUCCCGUCAAAAAAGGCUCAAGCAUGAUGACUAUGAGUCCAGCUGACACAGGGUACAGAUCUGCUGAGAGACGGAAACGGGUCAAGAGCGAAACCGCUGCAUCUGUGCUAGCUGCUGGGGCGGAUUCCGGAGCGCGGUACGUUAAUUCAAGAAGGAACAGUUCUGGCCUCAGCAACGGAGCCUUUGACAGAUCGGAAGACUGGCUGAUAGAACCGUCCGACCUGCCUCAAAAUCGUAACCGAGCAGAACUGAAACGUUCCCAAAGCGCUGACGAGAUGGCAACCAUCGAUUAUGGCAUGUUUGAACAACGCCCUGGGUCGGCUCAAAAUACUGUACGUGGGGAGCUGGGUCGGGACGGUUACAUGAGGAUGAAGCAAACAAGCAGGGAACGUUUAAAUGGGGCCAAUGGGGGCUUCCCAAUGGGAACAGCAGAUGUUGCUAUCGGAGGCAUUGAGCCACCGAAUAGCCUUCGGGGAUCGAGUCAACUUUACGGAUUACAGGAACAGGAAAUCACUUUCACGACGGACAACGGGGUAUGCCGCAGGGAACAGUGGACUGCCGUGGGGGAAGAAGGACCCGUUCAGUUGAGAGAGGAAGGAUUUAGGGAAUUCCAAGUGCAGGAGGAAUCGCCAUACGCUGAAAUACGCUUCGAUGACGCGGGGAAUAUACUCAGCUACAAACCUUGAGGAUCUUAAAGGACGAGAAAUAACAACACAUCUUGGAAACGGAAAAGAAAUACACGGACAACUUCAAUCUGUGCUUUUAGCUAAUUACCUUGGAGGAACUAUUUUGUUUUGUUUUGUUUUUUUUCACGUAUUUCGUAAGUUCUCCACUCAUUUCAAGACACUCAAGUUGAUCUAAGCUGUUGAGUUUUGCGGUGGGGAAACAAUCGAAUUGUUUUGACAUGGAGUGUAGUUAAUUAUAGCGUGUCGCACUGGAAGGUGAAUAGGUCGACUUAGAUAUCAGGUUUUAUUUCCAACAAAGUAAAAGAAAAGAAAUAUUUAGAAACGCUAUUAAUGGAACCCAAGUGGUUGGCAUCAUAAGGAUUGUACCAGUGUCAUAAAUCAAUGCUAUAGUCAUGAAGGGUAAUACACAGAGUCAGUCAAGUAACCGUGAUACACUCCCUUCUGGACAUCACGUACUUUGUGUAAGAUACCACAAAGUUUCCAAUUUGCAUCGGUUACUUACUGUCAAUGACAUAGGAGGUUCUUUACGAUAACAUAAAAAGACAAAAGCGAGCGAAUCUCAAAGCCACCGUUUUUUAAAUCUGGUGAUGAGGAGGACCUGGGUUCGAGGUUGGAUGACAAGCGAGCUCUCAGAAGCAAGCGAAGGAUAAAUAAAUAAUUAUAGCUUUAUUUCAGUUUUGAACUGUUUAAUUUUGUAGAUAGUUGAUGCUUCAUUAAUUAUUCGACCAUUUUAUAGUAUAUUAGCAUAAAAUUAGAUCUGUUCAAGUUGCAGUUCUUAAGGAAUACCAUGUAAUGGUGUCAUUUUACGCUUAUUGAAAGAAACGAAUUAAAGCUUAAAGUUAAACUAUACAA